UAACAGAUUGACGCAAGGCAAGCGUAGAUCGAUAACAAUAGGUUCCCUGGUAUCUUCUCAACCCGAAGACGUAUAUUAUUAUAUUCUGAUUGUGGGCAACCACGUUACCUUAGCCACUUUAGGGUGAUUAGACGCGCACGCAUGCAUCCUUUCUCUCUACCGCCAUGUCCGACUCUGAAUCCGCAGCCAGCGAAAUAUCUCAAGGGUCUUCCUCAGAAAAUGAAACAUCGAAUAUAUUACUCACUUCCUCUCCUUCCAAAAGGCAGCGAAAACCAGGAAUGGUUCAGCAAUCUCGCGAAAUGAUUGUUCAAACCGCUUUCGACGCCUAUUUUACGCAUCUGGCUUCACGCGCGCAGACUUCGGCCAAUAUAUUCUCUUCUCUGAUACCUCCGCUCUCAGCUGAUGAGUACGCCGAAGCGUCGUCUUCGUUUGGUAGUCAGAGAAUCAAAUCCGAGCUUCUGACUUCGGAGACAGAACGAAAAUCUUUAUUUCAGAGACUUUUGCUGGAGCUACAGGAAGGCUUUAACGUGAUUUGUUACGGGUAUGGCUCCAAACGCGUAUUGUUAAACGACUUUGCAGUCAAUUCAUGUUCAAAACUCGGACACGUCGUAGUUGUGAAUGCGUUCCAGCCCCACUUUGGACUGAAGGAACUUCUCUCGUGUAUCGAAAAUGUCCCCGGAAUUGAUUCCCUUCCGCUUCCCUCUAGUUCUGCAGAAAAUCAAGCUCGACGAAUAUGUGAUUUCUUUUCACGGUCAACCUCCAAGCAGCAUCUCUAUCUUGUUAUCCAUAACAUCGACUCACCUGCGCUCCGCUCAAUCAAAGCACAAUCUUCGCUAUCGCUGCUUGCUCUUAAUCCGAAAAUACACAUUGUUGCGUCUGUUGAUCAUAUCAACUCUCCGUUAUUAUGGUCGUCAGCCGAACUUUCAACUAGAAAAGACAAUCAGGGAACGGGCGUGGGGGCUGGGCGAGGUUUUGCAUGGCUAUGGCACGAUAUGACUACACUCACCCCAUACGACUUCGAACUAUCUCAGGCUGACCGAUCUUCGAUCUUAGGAGCUUCGAGUAGCAUGCGCAAGCGGGACGUUACCCAGAACGGGACCUCCAUGGUUUCUGAAACCGCAGCAUUACAUGUCCUAGCAUCCGUCACAGCGAAGGCGAAGAAACUUUUUACCCUCAUGGCGGAAAGGCAACUAGAGGCAAUUGAGGCGGCGAAAAGUUCUGGCCAUGCUGAUGACUUGCAGCAAUAUGCAGUAGCAUAUGACAAACUCUACCAUUCCGCCCGCACCGAUUUCAUUGCAACAAAUGAUACGGCGCUGAGAGCACUUCUUGGAGAGUUUCGGGACCACGACUUAGUUGUCGGUGCACAACAAGGCUCCUCUGGUGAGGUCCUGUGGAUUCCGAUGAGAAAAGAGCGACUCGCAAAAGUUCUGAGUACAUUGAAAGUAAACGAAUGAUUGGACAUUUGACGUACUGGUGGGGUUCUGGCCACACCUGGGCCUCAGAAAAAUUACACAUACGUCAUAUCGCCGGUGGGGGUUGACGUUGAGCGCUUGAGCACUUUUGACGAACGCGAGAUGGGCUGAGCUGGUG